AUGAAUCGUAUUGCCUUCAAUAGUAUUGUCCGAGUAGUUCGUGUUAAUCCUGCUAUUCGAACGGCUGCUCCAUAUCGUUGGCAGUCAAGCAGUGCAACUGGUGGUCAACAAUCACAAGGAUCUGCAUUUGCAGCCGGUGCUACUGGUGGUCUUGUUGCACUUCUUGGAGGUUUUGCAUGGUAUCACUUUAGUGGUACACGUCAAGUUGUUAAUACGGCACGUGAUGCUCUUAACAAAGCUCAGGAACUCAAAGAAAAAGUGAAAGAAACAGCCGGUGAUUCAGCUGAAACUGCAGCCAGUACUGUUAAGUAUUUACGUUCAGCUAGUGCUACUUUAAUUCCUGGUUCGGCACCAUUUCUUGGAAAAGUAUUUGAUCAAAUUGAACAGAUUAGUAAAGAACAUGGUGAUGAAGCAAAAAAAAUAUUCGAUGAAACAUAUAAAGAUUUCGAAAAGCUUGCUAAAGACGGUGGUUUAGAUGCACAAACAGCCAGUAAAGCUGUAGAUAUUCUUCAAAAACGUGUUAAAGAACUUCAAGAUUUAGCUGGUGAAGUUGGUGGUGAUGCAUACGAUAAAUUAAUUUCUGACAAUCCAAAAUUAAAAGAUCAAAUUUCGGAUCCAUAUAACAAAUUAAAAGACAUGGUUGGCAAAGCUAAAGAAAAAAAACCUGAACUACAAAAUCUUCUUAAAGAUACAGGAUCAGAAUUAACUAAAAUCUUUAAAGAUAAAGGUGUAUCAAAAGAAACUGUUCAACAAGCACAAGAUUUAUUAAAAAAGAAAGGUGAAGAAGCAAAAAAACUUGGUGAAGAUGUUGCAAAAAGUGCUAAGAAGGAUAAGUAG